CGAUCGCCGUUCCUCCUCUGCCCCCGCGUUGGGCUAAACCCUAACGAAGCGCCGCCGUUCUCGUCUGCACCUCCAACCCCUCGGCGGACGCCGACUCGUCGAUCCCUUCCUUCUCUCCCACCGCGAGAUCGGCCUCGCGUCCCUUCUCCCUUGUUCAGGUUGAUCCCUGGGGGCGGCAGCAGGAUGGCGCUGAGGGGGGUAUGGCAGCUGCAGAAGCUUGUGGUGAACUACUGCGAUUGGGGAGGGAGCAGCAGGGGGAUCAGAGCAUUCAUGGAGGCACAUCUUCCAGCCUUUAAGGAAAAGAACCCACACUUAGAAGUGGUCACUGAGCUUGUCCGCGGUCAACACCCUAACUUAAAAGGAAUUUACAAAAACCAUAACGAGCGAGUGGUCUGUGUAAGAAAUUUACCACCUGAGGAAAUACUGUUGCAAGCCACCAGGUUAAGGAAUUCUCUGGGCAGGAAAGUGGUGAAGCUGCGAACAAGACACGUCACGAAACGCCCCAGUGUUCAGGGAACAUGGACGACAGACCUGAAGAUGUGAGCUGAGCUGUCAGACAAGCUGUUUCGGCGUUCCUGAUGGUGUGAUUUUUUAAAAAAAAUCUCAGUUGUGUCAAUAACUUUGUUGGGCUGCCAUUCAGCUUGCCUAUUUCAAUAGCUUAGACGUGUUUGCGCUCUGUUUGUUCCUAGUACAAUCCGGUAAUAACAUGUACACUUGGGAUUUUUUUGCUAGUGCCAGCUUAUCACUCGUCAGAUGUCAGUCUGGUGAUAUCUAUCUCCUGUCUUGGACUAGUACCUUCUGUUUUCAGCACACGAGAUCUGUUGGACACUGAAA